CAUCUCUCCGCUUACRCACAAGCACCCUAACGGUAGGGUCAAUUUUAGACAAUGAAGCUAGAAUUUGGCUCAAAGGAAUUCAUAGGCGACUGUGUGGAAAAGUGCACACAAGGAAUCCUUAUCGUGGGGAAAUAUGUCGAUGUAUUCCUUAUGGUCUYUUUUGCACUGCACGUCAGGUUUUAAGAGAUMUCGAAGUCAGGGAGCCCGACUGCUAUAUUGCCAGUAAURGAAAGGCAGAAGUCAUAUCYUUAACUUCAUUUCAGUUGGUGCUAAAUUUUUUAUCGUGUMUCUCUGGGAUGGAUUCAAAAGAUGUAAAGAAAUAUUUUACUCGGACACUGGCUACAGAGAGGAGGUAUCRGCAUAAAGUGAAGAUAAUUGUCUCCCAAGUAAAAGACUUUGCUUUUGUUUACAAAAAGAGAAAAGGGGAAUUAUCUUUGCAAUUCCAUUAUGGAGAAUGGAAUACCUAUGGCAAUCCUCAACACUCUACAGUAUAAGCAAAAAGUAGGCAAAAGAAAGAAAAAA